AUGGCUGCGCAAAAGGAUGUGGAAAAGUUCCUCCAGGACAACCCUGCAUUUGCUAAACAGUACUUUUCCAAGAAGAUGAGCCCUGCCUCCAUAUCAAAGGUGUCAGGACUCUCAGAGAAACAGAUUGACUUCAGCCAGUUCCAGGAGCUCUCUCAGGUCGAAGAAAGCAGAAUCAUGUAUGACCUAAUCAAAGACAUGCAGGAGAACAUCAACGUGGAGAAGGUGGUGUUCAAGAUUCUGAAGAGAAUCACCGCGCUCAUUCACGCAGACCGGUGCAGCUUGUUCAUGUACCGGCAGCGGAACGGCGUCGGAGAGCUCGCCACAAGGCUCUUCAAUGUCAGCACAGAUGCAGAGCUGGAGGACUGUGUGGUGCCACCAGACUCUGAGAUCGUCUAUCCGCUGGACAUGGGAAUAGUCGGCCACGUGGCCCUGACCAAGAAGACUGUGAAUGUGAAAGAUGUCACAGAGAAUCAGUACUUCAGCUCAUUCGUCGACGAACUCACAGAGUACCAGACCCGAAACAUUCUGGCUACGCCCAUCCUCAACGGCAAAGACAUGGUGGCUGUGAUCAUGGCUCUGAACAAGACCACAGGACCACAUUUCACUGCUGAAGAUGAAGAUCUUUUUUUAAAGUAUCUAAAGAUUGCCACUUUGAACUUGAAGAUCUACCACCUGAGUUACCUCCACAGCUGUGAGACGCGUAAAGGACAGCUGCUGCUGUGGUCGGCCAACAAGGUGUUUGAAGAGCUGACAGACAUUGAGCGACAGUUUCACAAGGCCUUGUACACAGUCCGAGCCUACCUCAACUGUGACCGUUACUCUGUUGGUUUACUAGACAUGACGAAGGAGAAGGAGUUCUUUGAUAUUUGGCCGGUGUUGAUGGGAGAGCAGGCACCGUACUCUGGCCCCGUCACUCCUGAUGGCAGGGAGAUAAUUUUCUACAAAGUGAUUGAUUAUAUUCUACAUGGAAAAGAAGACAUUAAAGUAAUACCCACUCCGCCUGCAGAUCACUGGGCCCUGGUUAGCGGCCUGCCUACUUAUGUAGCCGAGAGCGGCUUUAUCUGUAACAUUAUGAAUGCAGCUGCUGACGAGAUGUUCCAGUUUCAGACUGAGCCGCUCGACAGCAGUGGUUGGACCAUAAAAAAUGUUCUCUCGCUGCCAAUCGUCAACAAAAAAGAAGAGAUAGUGGGCGUGGCCACUUUUUACAACAGAAAGGAUGGAAAGCCUUUUGAUGAUCAGGAUGAGCAGCUCAUGGAGGCUUUGACACAGUUCCUGGGCUGGUCCGUCUUGAACACGGACACUUACGACAAGAUGAACAAGCUGGAGAACCGCAAAGACAUCGCUCAAGACAUGGUGCUCUACCAUGUCAAAUGUCGGGAUGAUGAGAUUCAGAAUAUCCUGAACACCAGAGAAGUCUAUGGCCUUGAACCAAGAGACUGUGAAGAGGAGGAUCUCCUAGAAAUCCUGAAACCAAUGCUACCUCCACUUAUUAAGAAGUUUGAGAUCUACGAGUUCCACUUUUCGGAUUUUAACUGCACAGAGAUGGAGCUGGUGAAGUGCGGGAUCCAGAUGUACUAUGAGGUUGGAGUGGUCAGGAAGUUCCAGAUCCCUCAGGAGGUGCUGGUUCGGUUCAUGUACUCAGUCAGUAAAGGCUACAGAAGGAUCACAUACCACAACUGGCGUCAUGGCUUCAAUGUGGGACAGACCAUGUUCACACUCUUAACGACGGGAAUGCUGAAACGGUACUACACUGACUUGGAGGUUAUGGCCAUGAUAACUGCAGGCUUCCUGCACGAUAUUGAUCACAGAGGGACCAACAACUUGUACCAAGUCAAAUCUGGCAACCCUCUGGCAAAGCUGCAUGGCUCAUCCAUCUUGGAACGACACCAUCUAGAAUUUGGAAAGUUCCUCUUGGCUGACGAGUCAUUGAACAUCUACGUAAACCUAAACAGACGACAGGUAGACCACGUGAUUCAUCUCAUGGACAUCGCCAUUAUUGCCACUGACCUGGCUCUUUAUUUCAAGAAAAGAACCAUGUUCCAGAAGAUUGUGGACCUGUCACACACAUAUGAGGAUGAAAAGAAGUGGGUUGAUUUCAUGUCCCUAGAAACAACCAGAAAAGAAAUCGUCAUGGCUAUGAUGAUGACCGCAUGUGACUUGUCAGCCAUCACAAAGCCUUGGGAGGUACAGAGCAAGGUUGCCUUGUCUGUAGCAGCAGAGUUCUGGGAGCAGGGUGACCUGGAGAGGACAGUACUGGAACAACAACCUAUUCCCAUGAUGGACAGGAACAAGGCAGCAGAGCUUCCAAAGCUACAGUGUGGUUUCAUUGACUUUGUCUGCACGUUUGUCUACAAGGAGUUUUCUCGCUUCCAUCCACAAAUCACGCCCAUGCUGGACGGCAUCCUGAAUAACAGGAAGGAGUGGAAUGCGAAAAAAGAGGAGUAUGAGGCUACACUCAAAGCCCUGGAGGAGGAGAAGGCUGCUAAAGAAGCAGCCACAGCCAACAAAGCUACUACAAACAACACCGGUGGAGGCUCUGGCUCAAAGACCUGCUCAGUGAGCUAAAAAGGUCAAAAAGCC